AUGAGGAACGAUUCUAGUUUUCCGUGCAUGGAAGACCCGUCCCGGUGUUUCAUUGUGUCUGUUCCAACAAAUGAACAGGAGAAGGAGUAUGCAUUGAGCUGCACGCGCAAGGGCGAAUUGUGGGCUUCGACGAAUCGCGGUCGUUGGGAACAGUGGUGUUUAAUUCCCGUGGAUGCGACCGCGGGAGUGUACCGAUUGGUCAAUGCGGCUCACAAACUCGUCUUGGAGUGUCGAUUGGGAAGCGAUGACGAUGAAACCGUUGUCUUGGAAGGAGUGGCCCACAACAAAAAGAAGCCAGCAGCGUCAGACGAAGGAGAAGAAGAAGAAGACUUGGACGAGAAUUCCGUUUGUUGGUGUGUCGAACGAAACUCUCACGAUGCGCCCGAUGUCAUGCAGUUGAGGUCAUUCGGAACCAAUUCCUACUUGGCAUGUGGAAUGGUGGACAACAAUCACCAAAAGCCAGUCAUUCACUCCAUUCUGCCACAACUCGAAAUAGAACAAUCCACUACUACAUCUAAUUUCACACUACUAGACGAAAAUGGAGACGACGAAGACGACCAACCACAAGAACCAUCUACUCCUACUACAAGCCACCCUUCCACAACACAAUGGAGACUGGAAUUCCUAACGGGAGAAUUGUGCUACAUUCAACUGGCGCAUUUCCCAGAACCGGGAAACGAAAAACUCCUCUUGUGCGAUAAUUUUGGAAAAGUCAAACUCUCCAACGUUUGGGGGGGAUGGGAAGUCUGGCGCAUUGUCGAAGCCGGCAAUGAUCGCGUCCGGAUUUCGUCCUCUAGUGAUGACGAUGAAACGCUGUGGAAGAUACGCAAGGCACCCAAACAUUUGGAGGGUGUCAUUAUCACAUCCGUGCCGUACGGACGACUCUUACGAUCCGAUGGUGGAUCCACUGUCACUACGACGGGAUUCAUGGAUGGAGUCGCCACUACCUGGCAAUUGACCGCCGCGCAUCGACAACGAUAUACCAUUUCCCAUGUCGGAUACGAUCGACGAUUGUCGUUGGCAUUCCAAACCAAGGAUGCCAUUCGAAGACGCAGUAGUACAUUACUGAGCAAUCUGAUGCAGCCACAACCUGCUGCAAGUCCAACGAGCAGUAGUAGUAGUCUGGAUGAGCCACAACCAUUGCUCAAAACCACCAAACAUCGUCGCGAUUGUGAAGUAUGGUUGAUUGAAGAUAUGGAUCAUGGGUUUGUCGCGUUGCGACAUGAAAAACACAGACGUUGUCUGCAAUACGAUCGUGCUGGAGGAUUGGGGGUAUCCAAAGAACAAGAUCCACAAUUUUGGGAUCGCAGUUGUUUUUGGCGCAUUGUUCCUUCUCCCGCCAACGCUGGUGCCGUUUGUUUUGUCAGUGCCACGGAACCCUUCCUGGCACUCUCUUGUAACCACAAUGGAGAACUCGAUGCCGUAGAACACCACGGUCCCUGGGAAAGUUGGGCAUUGGAACCCUGCAUGCCCCAUAGUCUACAAGGAUGGCAAAUCAAUCUCAUGAUUGGUGGUGCCGUGGGAGCCGCAUUGGUCGGACCGGUUCUAGCGGCAGGAUUGAUUGGCGCCGAAGGUGCUGCCGCCGUUGCAGGAGCUGCCGCGGCGGCGGAAACGACCGAAGCGGUGGGACUCGGAUUGGCCGGGGCGGCCGCUGCCAUGGGAACGGGAGCUGCCGUCGGCUUGUCCGCCACGGGAUUGGCCACGGUGGUGACCAAUGCGCAACGACGUCGCGCCGAAGGAACGGCAUUGAUCAUGGGAUCGGAAGAACAACAACUGGAUCGACCAUUUUGUGAUUGGAAGUCGUGGUAG